CAGAACUGCUCCAUGUUACCUUAAAUAAGAUGCUUUCCUUUCGUCCCAGAAAACCAUCACUGAUAACAGAAAGAGUUUCUCUUCUGGUUCCCACCCUAGCUAGUUCCCCCCUCUAGCAUUUCUCAAACAAAAAGAGAUAAUGGGGAGAGGAAAGAUUGUCAUAAAAAGGAUUGACAAUUCAACGAGCAGGCAAGUGACUUUCUCCAAGCGAAGAAAUGGGUUGCUCAAGAAGGCCCGGGAGCUUUCCAUCCUUUGCGAAGCAGAAGUUGGACUUAUUGUCUUCUCCAGCUCCGGCAGGCUCUACGAUUUUGCCAGCUCUAGCAUGAAAUCUGUUAUUGAACGAUACAAGCAGCUAAAAGAAGAACAUCAUCAGCUACUGACUCCGGAUUCAGAAGUCAAGUUAUGGCAAAGAGAGGUAGAAAGCUUAAGGCAACAAUUGCAGUAUGUGCAAGAAUUAAAUAGACAACUAAUGGGCCAAGAACUUUCUGGUUUGAGUAUCAAAGAUCUACAAAAUUUGGAAAACACACUGGAAAUGAGUUUGAAGGGUAUCCGUAUGAGAAAGGAACAAAUUUUCACUGAAGAAAUAAAAGAAUUAAACCGGAAGGGAAACCUUGUCCAUCAAGAAAACCUUGAACUGCAUAAGAAGGUUUGCGAAGAAAGAGAAGUAAAUGAAGCAAACAAACGUUCAAAUUCUUUACACACAAUCAGCAAUGGAUAUGACAUUCAUAGAGCCAUCCAUCUCCAGAUAAGCCUACAUCAGCCUCAAAACAAUGAAGCAUAGGCAAAACAAUGAAAUUGGGAUUACAAUUGUAGCAAUGAAGCUAGUCGACAACUGUGGAUAGCUAACAAUCAUUAUCCCAUCAAAAACUUGUCAUAGUGAAAAAUUAAGCUUAUCCUAGUUAGAUCUCAAAUUUCAGCCACUGAUACAUUUAGCUAAAUGGCCAUUGGCUUUGGUAUGAAAUGUGCUAUGAGGAAAGCUUAAUAAUUUCUCUAAGAUGAUCAUUUCUAUGUAAAUCUAAACAGUAAAGCAUUACAUGUGCCAACUAUUAUAUUAGCUAUCUUGUACUAUUGUGAUCACCCACAUGACUAAUGUUAGUAUUCAUGGUAUUUAUAUUUGUUUCA